AUGGACGAGAAGCAGGCUCUGUUGCGCGACGGACCAUCCAAGGGCGAACGCAAGUUCACCCUGGUCAUUCACGGAGGGGCAGGGACCAUGGACAAGAGUCGGUCUACCCCUGAACUGCGGGCGAGUUACAAGGCAGCUCUCAGCAGGGCAUUGCUUGCCGGUCACGAAGUGUUGAACUCUGGAGGCGAGGCAAUGGACGCGGUGGUCGCAGCGGUGUCGUCCAUGGAAGACUGUCCUUUGUUCAACUCCGGACGAGGUGCCGUCUUCAACACCGCCGGCAAAAACGAACUUGAGACCUCUCUCAUGGUCUCCAAGCCUCCCUCUUCGCAUCCUGACAUCCCAGAGACACGGCGUGGGAUGGGCAUAACCCUCAUCACGCACGCGCGCAACCCCUCCCAGCUCGCCCGUGCGCUCUACCUCUCGCCAGAGACCGUCCCACACACCAUGAUGUCCGGCAGCAACGCCGAGGCCCUCGGAGCCGCGCAAGGCGUGCAGCUGGUCGACAAGAGCUACUUCUUCACCGAGGCGCGCUGGCGGGAGCACCGCCGCGGGUUGGGUCUGCCAGAGGAGCCGCUCCCGUAUCCGCCGAGGACUGACGAUGAGGUUGUGCCGAAGGAGCUAUUGGACCAACUGCCGACGGGUACGGUUGGAGCGGUCGCGCUCGACGAGCGUGGUUGUAUCGCGGCGUGCACAUCGACUGGCGGGCGCACGAACAAGCUCGUCGGGCGUGUGGGCGACACACCGCACAUGGGUGCGGGCUUCUGGGCGGAGGAGUGGCCUGUGAAGGGCUGGAUAAAGCGCACGUGGAGGAAGGCUAGAGGGAAGGCAGCCAAGGUUGCAGUCGGCGUCAGUGGGACGGGCGACGGCGACUACUUCAUUCGUCUGGCGACCGCUUCGACUAUCGGGCGGCGCAUGAAGUAUCUCAACGAGUCGGUUACACAGGCGGCAAGGCACUGUGUCGAAGAGCUGCGGCACGAUGGCGGGGUUGGUGGUGUCAUUGCGCUUGACAAUCAGGGGAACGUCGCACUGCCCCUGAACUGCUCGGGAAUGUAUCGCGGCGUCAUUCGUCCAGACGGCGUUCCCAAGACAGCUAUAUUCGACGAUGACGAGCUCGAUUGA